CCCAGGACCCUGCAUUCACUAUAUCUAGUCUCCCACAGAACAUAGAAGUGCAAUUACUGUAUGUUACUAAACCCAGGACCCUGUGUUCACUAUAUCUGGUCUCCCACAGUACACAGAACAUGGAAAUGCAAUUAUUUUAGUAAAUAUAUACUGUUAAAUACCUUUUCUCAUCAGAAGUUAGAAGCCACAAGACUGCUCUAUCAGUGUUCAGCCAAGCACUAACUAAAGCUUCUAGGAGGAGUUUUCUUUUUGCUCUAG